AUGUCAUUUCAAUACUUUUUUCUACUUUUUCUAAUAUUCAAACUUGGAACACCUGCUGAGCAAUCUUGUUCCAAUCUCAAUACCUGUAACGAAUGUAUUCAAGCCAAAGGUUGUUCUUGGUGCUUGAAACCGACUCCAAGCUCAGAUAACCAACCAAAAUGUUUCCCCAAAAGCUCUGUAACUCGCUUUUGUGCCAAUGAAUCAAUUGAGGAUCCUCCAAAUACCGUGAAAGUCACUAAAAACCUUCCAUUGACCCGAAAUGCGGCGAGACAAGGAGAUAAAAUUGUUCAAGUUUAUCCUCAAGGAAUGAAAUUAACGCUGAGACUAAACGAUCCGAUAACAGUAAAGAUGACAUUUUCUCGAAGUCAGGAUUAUCCACUGGAUUUGUAUUACUUAAUGGACUUGUCUGGCUCAAUGAGUCCGCACAAAGAUAAGUUAUCAGCUCUCGGACAAACUUUAGCACGUGCCAUGAUGAGAAUAACUAAAGACUUUAAAAUUGGUUUCGGAUCGUUCAUUGAUAAAAAGACACUUCCUUAUGACAAUUCGAUGCCUCUUGUUGAAACACCUUCGACUACAUAUUCGUUUCGUAAUCACAUGUCUCUCGACACGGAUGCCCGUCGAUUCGAAGAUGAAGUGCGUCGAGCCAAGAUCGGGGGAAAUAUCGAUAUACCGGAAGGCGGGUUUGAUGCACUUAUGCAAGCGAUUGUUUGUCACGAAGAAAUCGGUUGGCGAAAGCAAGCACGUCGUUUGAUAGUUUUCUCAACAGAUGCUGAUUCGCACAUUGCGGGUGAUGGAAAACUUGGAGGCAUCGUGAUGCCAAACUCUGGCGAAUGUAAGAUGCAAAAUCAUUUUCACACGCAUGCCCUGAUUGAAGACUAUCCAAGUGUGGCACAUAUUAAUGCAAAAGUUAGGGAAAAUGCGAUUAACUUGAUUUUUGCCAUUACGAGAGACGCAAAGAGUCAUUAUGAUGAAAUGGUGAAAUACAUUGAAGGAUCUUACGUUUCACGUUUAGAAGAUAGCUCAAGUAAUGUUGUACAGUUGAUUGAGGAGCAGUACAAGAAAAUUUCAUCAAGUAUCGAAUUGAAAGACAAUUCCACGGAAUUCAUCAAAGUCGAUUUUUCUUCAAAAUGCUUCGGUACCAAAGUGGAACGCACCAACAAAUGUGACAACAUCAAAGUUGGUGACAAAAUCGACUUCGACAUUCAAAUCACCGCUACUUCUUGUUCUGCUGAAACUGUUCGAAUCUAUCCCGUUGGAAUUGACGAAUCGCUCGUACUUGACAUUCAACCAAUUUGUGAAUGUCCCUGCAUGGAUCCAUCUCACAAAACAUAUGAGCGCGAUUCGGUCGAAUGCAAGCAACAAGGAACGCUUCAAUGUGGUCUUUGUGAUUGCAAUCCAGGCUUCACGGGGCUCAAGUGUGAAUGUGCCGAAGGGACUGAUGACAAAAAUAACACAAAUUGCGACUUUAUCGAUUGCAACAAUCGGGGGGAUUGUCGAUGUGGGCUUUGUGAAUGUCGACCUCGCCCGAACCCAGAGGAAAAAUAUUUCGGAAAGAACUGCGAAUGCGACAAUUUUUCGUGUGAACGUCGAAAUGGCUUGCUUUGUUCGGGAAAUGGAGAAUGUACGUGCGACAAAGGGAUCGUUUCUUGUUCUUGUAAAGAGGGAUGGAAUGGCACAGCUUGCGAAUGUUCAACUUCUAUGGAAACGUGCAAAGCUCCGAACGAUACGCAACUCUGUUCGGGCUUCGGAAACUGCAAAUGUGGCAAAUGCGAAUGCGAACAAACGGAGAAAAAUCGUCGUUUUGGUCGAUUUUGCGAAAAAUGUCCCAAUUGUGGGGCUCGUUGCAAGGAAUUUCGCGAUUGUGUCCAAUGUCAAGUUUACAGAUCGGGUCCUCUGGCGAAAAAUUGCACCGAAAAUUGCAAAAAUGGCUUUUUACUGCAAAAAGUCAACGACCUUGGAGACGUGAAACCCGACGAGGAGCAAUUGUGUUCGGGAUAUGACGACGAACAGUGUCGCUUUGACUUUAUCUACAACGAUCGCGAUGAAAGUAAAAUUGUCGUUCGGAGUGACGAACGUCUUCAUUGUCCGACUCGCGUUAAGCCAUUCACGAUAAUAAUCAGUAUUGUUGCCUCGAUCUUACUUGUUGGCGUCGCAACGUUGUUGCUGUGGAAAGUCAUCAUGAUUGUUCAGUAUCGCAGGGAAUUCGCGCGUUUCGAGGAGGAACGGAAAAAUGCGGCAUGGACUGCGGGACAAAAUCCACUUUAUAGAGAUGCAUCGACAACAGUUAAGAAUCCAGCUUAUCGAGGAUCGAGAGCGGUUAAAUAA